AUGGAGUCUGCACACCUCACCCACGCCCACGAACACGCCCGCACUGCUGCGACAGCCACCAUAUCCAACAGCGUCCUCACCGCGGGGCAAGAGCACGACAAGGCCGCGCGCGCCUUCCAUGAUGCCGCCCAAGACACGCAUAAUGCAGAGGCUCUGCGUAUCCUCAGUCUCCUCGAAGACCAUCACCGCAAACUCGCCGGUUUGAUCAAGGAAGCGCCGCGCAAAGAGAAGAAGGCAGUGGAUGCUACCAAGCAGACCGAUUCAACCAGCACCGCCCAGUCCAAGACAUCCUCGCGAACAUCGUCAGCUGCAUCCACUACGCUCCCGACAUCUCGCCGCCGACUCCCCCAGUCCUCGAUAGCCACCAACCUCGCAGAGAAACGCGGCAUACCCAGCGCAAAGAGGACUACGAGCGGGACAUCCGUGAGUCUGGCCGGUGCUACAGCGGGCCGCAACGAGCAGCAGUCUACGCCAGUGCGUGAUCUCCUAGCGCAACAGUCGCGCAAGAAUGAGUCGAACCAUGUCCAAGAUGCGCCCAAGCCUAGGGGAGCCCCUCCACAGCCUGCCACUCCUCCAGCAGAGGACAACUUCCGUCGCUUCUACGCCGCGUUUGGAGGAGUCAUAUCUGCCAUCAGCGCUCCUCUCGCCUUUACCUCCCUCCCGCUCAACCCGUCCACGCCAACGCCUGUUUCUGAGCCAAAGGAAGAGAAGGUUGCAAAAACAAAGUCCAGAGCACAGUCGCCUGAAGCCUCUAGGACAGUCAAGUCAUCCGUCCCCGACCUCGCAGCCCUGAUAAGCAAGCCCGCACUCCGCGCUCUACGAGAAGAUGGAGCACCUCCCCUGGGUCCCAACGAGAGUUUCUACCUCGUACCAACAUCCGGUGGAACAGUCACCUACGCCAGCGUCCUCAACGCCCAAAAUGGGACACCCACUACCCAGCUCAACCCCAUCGAUGAGGGCUCCGGCUCUAUGAGAGGCAGUUCCCACGAAGAAUUCGUCGACGCAAGAGAAAGUGUUGGGCCCCCUUCACCCAUCAUAUCACGCCGUCCACGUUCCCGCGGCGGUAGCACUACACCAAGUACAACUACAACCGCGACAACCACGACCGGAGUAACGCCCGCCCGCAGCAUAGCCGCCGGCCGCGGCACAGGCCACAAAACAAUGGAAGAACUCGCCCUCGAAAAUGACACCCUCAAAUCCGUCAUCGAUAAACAAGCAAAACGAAUCCAAAUGUGGGAACUAAACUCUCAAAACAGCUUCAAUGCUCUCGCUCAAUCCUUCCGCGGUGCUCGUGGUCCCACCGGCCGUGAUAACACGAAUGCCCUCGCUCAAGCACUUGCUUCUCAGGGUAUCCAUCAUGCCAUGCCCUCCCCGCCUUUACCACCCCAGCCCCAGCCCCAACAGCAAACCCCAAGCUCCUCACCCAACCCUAGUUCUGGUGCAGCUGUAGACGCAGACACGACAAAACGCAUAGCAGACCUCGAAGCCCUGCUCGCCGCGCAAAACGCCAAAGUCGCUGAUCUAAUGAGUAACAAUGAGCAACUGGCUAAACAAAAUGAACGUAAUGCACAGGUUUUGGGAAGGUAUCGGGAGCAGUGGGAGAAGCUCAAGGCGGGGGCGCGGAAGAAGGAGAUGGAGAGGAGGGAGAAGAAAGGUGGGGAUGCUGGGGGUGGGAAUGGAGGUGGGAAGGAGGAUGGGAGGGCGAGUGAGGUGACGGUGGGGUUGGGCGUAGGGGAGAGUGUUGAAGGUGGUACUGCUGGUGCUGGUGCUGGUGGGGAGGAGGAGUUGGAGGAGGAGCCUGGGUUUGGGAAGGCCUAG